GGGGCCGUGGGAGCGCGCGGGAGCGCACGGCGGGGCGCGGCCAACGCUGGGACUCCGCGCAUCGCUGGACGCGGCCGGGCGCCCAUGGCGUUCGCGCUACUGCGCCCCGUCGGUGCGCACGUGUUGUACCCGGACGUGAGGCUGCUGAGCGAGGACGAGGAGAACCGCAGCGAGAGCGACGCCUCCGACCAGUCGUUCGGCUGCUGCGAGGGCCUGGAGGCGGCGCGCCGCGGCCCGGGCCCCGGGGGCGGGCGGCGGGCGAGCGGCGGCGCGGGCCCGGUGGUGGUGGUGCGACAGCGGCAGGCGGCCAACGCGCGGGAGCGGGACCGCACGCAGAGCGUGAACACGGCCUUCACGGCGCUGCGCACGCUCAUCCCCACCGAGCCGGUGGACCGCAAGCUGUCCAAGAUCGAGACGCUGCGCCUGGCGUCCAGCUACAUCGCGCAUCUGGCCAACGUGCUGCUGCUGGGCGACGCGGCCGACGACGGGCAGCCGUGCUUCCGUGCGGCUGGCAGUGCCAAGAGCGCGGUCCCCGCCGCCCCCGACGGCGGCCGCCAGCCACGCUCCAUCUGCACCUUCUGCCUCAGCAACCAGCGCAAGGGGGGUAGCCGUCGUGACCUGGGGGGCAGCUGCUUGAAGGUGAGGGGGGUGGCCCCGCUUCGAGUGCCACGGAGAUGAGCCUGGACCCCUGUGUCAUUUGCUGCAAGCAGGACCCUGAGAAGGAGGCGAGAGGCCAGCCACUGGGAGAACAGGGGAGAAGACCCCAGGAGCCAAACCCAGGUCUCUUCUUCGUGUAGGGACCGGAGGACAAUGGCCUGGGCCCAUGACCCACUGAGCAGGACCCCUGGGACAUCUCCAUCCCACCCUGGAGAGCUGUGAGGACCCACCCAGCCGGCCCCAGCCCUGGCUGGUCAGAGACAAGGCAGAACUUUUGGAAAAACAAAGACUCUUGGUGACAAAGGUUGUGUGCGCAUCUGUACGUGAGUGUGGAUGUGGGUGUGUGUGUGUGAGACAGAGAAUUGAUGGGUUUAAAAUAAAAGGUAUUUUUAAGUAAAACAUGUUGCCAGCUGAAGAAGGAAGGAGCCUGGGGACAUCAGCGGUCAGAGGUGGCCCCUCUGCUGGACCUUGGAAGAGACACAGGUGUCACAGAUGCUCCUGUGCCAUGGAAGGGGUGGGGCUGGGGGAAGACAGGGGACCCCCCUCUCAAGAAGUCAAGAUAACCAAACUUUCCUCACCAUCUUGAGCAACUGUUGGGUGUCUGGUGUGGUUGGUUAAAAAAAAAAAAAUCUUAAUUUUA